CCAGUCUCUGCGAAACUGUUCACUCUUGCUAGGCUCCACAUCCUAAGGCCUUCGUGCCGCAAUUGUACCAUAGCACCGCACAGUGUCCGUAUACUGUUCCGGAAGAUGAGCGCCCCCGCACCGACGCUCAUCGUGCCCGAGGGCUUCACGCUUCACAAAGAAAACACGUCCGCGAUCCUCCUGCCCGCGUCCAACGACGCGUUCCUGAACCCGGUCCAGGAGUUCAAUCGCGACCUGAGCGUUGCGUGCAUAAGGACAUGGGGAGACCUCAUGAACAAGGAGAAGGAGAAGAAGUGGAGGCAGAGUCUGGAGAGGCGCGCGAAGAAGGCGGAGGCGGGGCACAAGGCGAAGAAGGCGAAAACGGAAGAGAAUGGGCACGCUUCUGAGCAGCCUGCCGAGGGAGCGGCCGUGCCCCAGGAGACGUCAGAGGGUACGCAGGCUCCUCCAGAGUUCCGUCCCCAACGUUUUGUGAUUUUGGAAGCGUUGUCCGCGACCGGGCUUCGUUCAAUACGCUACGCCAAUGAAAUCCCCCUCGUGAAAUAUGUCAUUGCGAAUGACUUGUCUCCCGCUGCUGUUGAAGCGAUGCGUAGGAACAUUGAACUUAACGAUAUGCAUGAAAAGGAGGUAUCUCCCUCUGAGAGUUCGUCGGAGAAGGUCGUCAGGCCUGCGAAGGUCAGAGUGAACGAGGGCGAUGCGUGCGCAUUGAUGUAUAAUCACCGCGCAGAGCGGAAUCGCGUAGACGUCGUUGACCUCGAUCCCUAUGGGACGGCUGCACCCUUCGUAGAUGCCUCCGUACAAUGUGUGAAUGAUGGCGGUCUUCUUUGCGUCACUUGCACCGACAUGUCCGUGUUAGCCACGACUAACUACCCUGAAAAAUGCUUCUCCAAUUACGGUGGCGCUCCCGUCAAAGCGGAAUAUUGCCAUGAAGCCGCACUACGACUCGUCCUCCAUACCCUCGCAACCUCCGCUGCGAGAUAUGGACGCUAUAUUCAACCGCUGCUAUCUUUAUCCAUUGACUUCUACGUUCGAAUUUUUGUCCGUGUCUACUCUUCUCCCAUCGACGUAAAAAAGGUCUUCAGCAAGACCGCCAUUUACUACGUCUGUACUGGCUGCCAGUCUUUCUAUGAGCAGCCGAUCGGUCGCAUGGUUGAGAACGUGAGUGGCAAGGGCAAUGUCAACCUCCACUUCAAAGCGCACACGGGCCCCCCGGUCUCAGAGCGGUGCCCGGAAUGCAACUCCGCCCUCCACGCCGCCGGGCCCAUGUGGUCAGGGCCGCUCCACGACCCGGAGUUCGUGGGUAGCGUGCUCGGUCACGUUGAGAGUAACGAGGACAAGUACGGCACAUCAGCGAGGAUGAAGGGUAUGCUCACAGUAGCGAAAGAGGAGCUCGAUACUCCAUUCUACUUCACCCCGUCCAGAGUCUCCAGCCACUUCCAUUGCGUGUGUCCGAGCCUGGAUGAGACUGCCUCAGCACUCCUGCAUGCAGGGUACAAAGUCUCGCGCUCGCACGCUUGCGCAGGGUCGUUGAAGACGACAGCGACCUAUGCAGACAUUCAUGAUAUCUUCCGUUCCUGGGUCAAGACGCAUCCUGUCAGAAUGGACAAAAUAUCGGAGAACUCGCCCGCGCGCCAUCUGCUCAGUAAAGAGCCCCGAAUCGAAGCCAACUUCAAGCGGCAUCCUGACUCCGUCACACCAUCCUCCAAGGUGAAGCUGGUUCGGUACCAGCAGAAUCCAACACCAAACUGGGGCCCAGGCGCGAAACCCAGCGGUAAACGGAAGAGGAAUGAUGACGAUUGAUGGAACAACACAAUAUGAAUACAUUCCAUAGUCCGACCGUUACAGAGCAUAUGUUGGGUGUCGUGAAAGAGUACAGAUAUUGAAAUCCCGGGAGGACAAGAUGUGC